CCCCAAUGUAUAACAAAAACUUGUUUUUAUGUCCUGUCAGUGAGUAACAACGCAGAAAACGUAUUGUUAUUAUUGUAAAGAAUUAACAUUUAAUUCCAAAGCGGUGAAAGGUUUUGUUGACGCUCUUGAUAUGAGACCAAAGUGAAAUGUUACACUUCCGGAAUUUAAUUUCAAAAUAAAAGAUACGUGCUUGCCUGGAGCGCCGUACAACACAAAAAUAGGUCGCAAUUAGAUUCUUCUUAGAUUAUUUAAGGACGUUCUUGUGAUUAGCGCGAUAGUCGAAUGUAUUGUGACCGCGCGGCAAUUUUAGUGUCUUGAAUAUCUUACUUUGAAGAAUCAACGUAUUGUACUUGUUGCUCCAAGCUUUCCAACCUGACAAAUCACCACGGCAACCGCGUCACGCCGGCCCUUGUCACACUCGGCUUGGAAGGGCGUGACGUCAGCGACUUGCUUUCAAUCGGAACUUGCUGCUCACUUGCUUCGUUUUACGCGCUUGUUUUGCUCAGAAAUGGCAUCGCCGACGAAGGCUCGCUUCGGCUGCGACGCGGCAAGGAAAUGGAGAGCGACGGCCCCCGGCCCGUCUUCGAAGCGUACCUGCGGCGGCGGCGCCGCCGCGCCCCCUCUGCCCCCGCCCCCCUGGCACGCUCGCCCUCACCACCGCCCGGGGCAGAGCCGCGGCGCCGGCCCUCACCUGCCGUUCUUCCACGGGCGCCACGCGGAGGAGAGCGCCGAGCGCCCCCACCUGGUCACCGUCGUGCGGCCCGGUCAGAACGCGCCACGGAAGGUGACAGUGCUUUUGAACCGCAGGGGCGUGGUCUCCUUCGAUCAGCUCCUAUCGGACGUCUCGGAAGCGCUCGGGUUCCCUCGUUGGCACAGAUCGCGAGUGACCCGCCUCUACACCGCCUUCGCCCGAGAGGUGAAGAGCGUUGGCGACUUCUUCCGCGGCGACACGGCCCUCCUGGCGCUGGGCAAAGCUCGCCCGCAGCUGAGCGGCCUGCAGGAGGCGCUGGAGGAGCUGUUCCCCGAGCAGUCCCGCUACCGGACCGAGGCGCUGCUGGUCUGGGAGAAGAAGCUCCGAGCGGCGCCGGAUAAGGCCGCCAAGGCGGACAGCGGCUACGGCGAGGGGGCGGACGACAAGGACGCCGCGGAAGAGCGACCGCCGCCCGAGACGGAGGAGCCGAGGAAGGGGACGGCCGGGAAAGUCGCUCGCCUUCCGAACCGUCUCCAGAAGCUCCGGGUGAGGGGCGCGGUCUGCGAGGAAACGCCGCCUCCCGUCGGCCGAUUCCAACGGGAGCGAGAAAGGGUCUCGGUUCCUCUCUGUGAAAACUGCUUGUCGAGCCCGCAGUGGAUCGACCCGCUCUCGGGAAGAACCCCGCUGCCCCCCGUGUGCCGGAAGCCAACGGGAAGUUCAACGCAAGACUGGAAGAGUCGCCCCGAGAUGUGGCGCGACUGCUCGGGGCCUCCGUCGGAGGGCAGCGAGGUCUCCGAGGCCGACGUGGCUCGCCUCUACGACGUGGGGCGCCUCCUGGGGGACGGCAACUUCGCGGUGGUGCGCGAGUGCCGGCGCCGCGCCGACGGCCGGACGCUGGCCGUCAAGAUGGUGGAGCGCUCGCGGCUGCUGGGCCGCGAGCACGUGCUGCAGAACGAGCUGAGCCUGCUGGCCAGCCUGCGGCACCCGCGCGUGGUCAGGCUGCUGGCGCACCACCGCACGCCCGCCACGGCCUACCUGGUCAUGGAGCUGGCCCGCGGCGGCGACCUCUUCGAUGCCGUCAGCCGACGCGGCAGCUUCGGCGAGGACGAGGCCGCGCUGAUGGCGGCCGACGUGAGCGAGGCGCUCGAGUACAUCCACCGCAGGAGCGUCGUCCACCGAGACGUCAAACCCGAAAACCUGCUGAUCGUUCACGCAGUUCCCGGCAUGACCAGACUGAAGCUGGCCGACUUCGGCCUCGCCACGGUCGUGAGCGAGCCCGUCUUCACCAUCUGCGGCACGCCCACCUACGUCGCGCCCGAGAUCCUGUCCGAGACAGGAUACGGCCUGGAGGUGGACAUGUGGGCGCUGGGGGUCAUUCUCUACAUCCUACUGUGCGGCUUCGCCCCUUUUCGAAGUCGGCAUCGGGACCAGGAGGAGCUUUUUGAGAUCAUCAAACAGGGGCAACUGCACUUCCUGCCCCCCUAUUGGGACGCCAUCUCAGAAGACGCCAAAGGCCUGGUCUCGGGCCUCCUCCGGUCCGACCCGGUCGUCAGGAUGACGGCAGAGCAGACGCUGCAGCAUCCCUGGCUGACGGCCAUGGCCGCCAGCUGCCAGCAGAAGGCGCUGGAGAGCCAACGCGAGACCUGGAAGGAGGAACAACCGCCCAGACCGGCACCGCUACACAGAGAGAAGGUCCAGAAGGCACCGGGAGAAGACCCAGAAACUGGAAGGGCCGAAAGCAAGGAGCAGGCUUCAGACCCGACGAGUUGAGACACGAACGGGCUGAAACGAGCCAACGAUCGAAACAACUAAUUGGUUUACAAUAGAUAUGUCAAAAACUUUCUAGUUCAGUGAAGCUAACGUGCAUGUCUGUGGAAUGUGGAAGGACGAAAACCAAUCGUCAGUGGGAGAGUGGAUGUUGCCGACAUUGCAGAUCAAUGUCGUUGCUCCUCGAAAGCCCAUCGUCAACGGGUGGGGGGGGGCGGUUGCCGAUCGAAGUUCUUGCCCCUGGAAAACCGAUUGUCAACGGUCGGUGGUGAUCGAAAUUUGAUCAGAAAUUUUUCCAUGAUUGCCCUCGCACGAGUGCGGCGGGGGGGGGGGGGAGAUCGGGGUCUGCCGCCCGUCGUUCUGGACCAUUUACAGAUUACUCAUUCUUUAUUUCAGCCUGAAAAAUAAAAAGCAGCCGCAGAACUGUAUGUCCAAAUUUAUUUUAUGACUUUUGAAAAAAGUCAAUUUUUGUUUAAAAACUAAAAUCCAGUCUUUUUGCACAUUCCACCUGAUUUGAGAUAAAUACGUCAUAUGUACAAACUGUGAAAUCAAACUAAAUUUAAUCUAGAUUCAUGCAUAAUUUAUUAAUUCCGCCUGAAAAAAAAUCAA